CUUUUUUUGCGCAUGCGCGCCGGACUGGUAAAGGCGAACACAAUGGCGGACGAAAACAAAGUAAACGACGAGUUCUCGGCGUAUUUUUCUUCUCUAGAUAGCGUAUCACAGGAUCGUUAUAAGAGUAAGUUGAUGGUUGAUGGUGUCAGAUUGCCAGAUCCACACAGCAAAAGCCUGAAGGGAUGGAGCGAGUCCGUGAAAUGCUGGCCAACUGUUCCGUACGCCGACAUAUACAACUACCUUAUCAACACGCCGGGCCAGUACACACGCGAGAGCAUGAAAGCCAUGAAAUCACUGGACGGCUACAAAUAUUUCAUAUCGGGACGUAUUCAGACGUGUUUGUGUAACAUGCUGGAGAAGGACACGACUGUGUGCUUUGUGAAAGCAAAGGUAUCCCCAUCCCUACGGGCCAGCGACAAGCCACAGGAGCCGUGGGUGUGCCUGAACAAAAAACAGGGAAACGUUGUAGCUGCACAUUGUACAUGUGAAACGGGUUUGGGAGAGGCGUGCAGUCACAUUGCUGCUCUCUUGUUCAGAGUGGAAGCAGUGGGCAGAUUCGGCCUCAACCAGGAAUCGGAGGCAAGCGCUGACUGCGCCCAGAAAAAGGUCACAGCGCAACAUGGCAAGACCGCCAAGUGUAAAGUAAACAAACAGAGACGCGUAGAAGUGGCUGGUCUGGACGAGUCGCAACAACGUAGGGCCCUUAAAGCUCUCCGAAGAAUCUGUCCCACUGCCGGAUGUCUUACGAAAGCAGAGUCGGACAUGGACAGCGCCUCAGAAGAUGACCUGCCGCGGUUGCCGAGUUUACUGAGUGACGUCACACGCCGUCACAAGUCGGACUUCCUCCAAGGUCUGGACAGCGUCAACAGGCAACGCUAUGAGGAGAAGAUCAGCGCCGUGGGGGCCGAUCCGUAUCUGAUCCCCGCGACGGAGCAGAAAGCCGCCAGACACUGCAGCACCCAGGAGCUGCCAGCCCUGGCUUACCCUGACAUCUUCAUGUUUCUCAUCCAGGUCCCAGGGUACAGCGCGGUCGCUCUGAGGAAUUACCAGAACCUGGAGGCUUACCGGUACUUCCUCCGUGGCUGGGUCCGAUCUGUGAGGCUGUGCACCCAGAGAGACAAGUUCAUCAUAACCAGCCAGGUGAUCAAUCCAGAAGGCGUCGAUGAGAAUCCUCACCACGUGUGGGCUAUCGUUGAGCCCAACGGCCUUGUUGUUUCCGCCCAUUGCACAUGCAUAGUGGGCUUGGAGGCGGCCUGCUCACAUGUUGCUGCUACGCUCUUCGCCCUCGAUGCGGUUGUGCGCAUACAGCAAGCGACGUCAUCCCCGCCUCCUCCUGCCUCGCCAUGCAGCCAGCGGAGUGGCGAACCUGUGCACAACGGCGACCUUUCAUACCCAAACAAGAGGAGAAAGACCACAAACGAGGAUUCGGGAAACUCCAAGCCUCCAAUUCCACCUCCCACUGCGGAGAAACUGAAGCAGUUUUAUGAUAGCCUCGCCCGCUCAGGAGCUAAGAGUGUAAUUCUGUCUGUGCUGCCAGGCUACUGCAAGGAGUUUAACAGCUCCACCUGACCACACUCUGUGAUAUUUUAGAAGGAUGUAUAAAUGUACAUAAGGAAAACCAAACCACAAUAAAUGUUUGACAAAAACCUA